AUGAAACAAUUUGUCACAGCUCUAGAUAAGAAGUUGGCAGCCUUCAAGUACCUUCAAGACUUCUUUUCUAAGCUGUCUGAGGCAAAAGUCAAAGCCAUUGUCUUCAUCGGACCGCAGAUAAAGAAGAUCCUGGAGUGCAAGGAAUUCCCCAAGAAGCUCACUAGGAAGGAGAAAGCGGUUUGGAACAGCUUUGUUUUGGUGGUCCGGGGCUUCCUGGGCAAUCACAAAGCCGAAAACGAUGUGGAGCUGUUUAAGACGCUGGUGAAAAACUAUGGCACAAUGGGCUGCAGGAUGUCUCUUAAAGUCAAUAUCCUUGAUGCUCAUCUUGAUAAAUUCAAGGAGAACAUGGGAAUACUCAGAGGAGCCAGGCAAGCACUUCCACCAGGAUAUAAUGGACGUGUAUGCCACUACCAAGGACAGUAUAACAAGAACAUGAUGGGAAACUAUAUUUGGGGGGUGCUUUGUGAAAUGUGCCAGAUCAUGUCUAAGGGGGUGGUGGCAGUCCUGGGCCCAUCCGCCAGCCCGGCUUCCAACUCCAUCAUCAGCAAUAUCUGUGGAGAGAAAGAGGUACCAUAUGUGAAGGUGGCCCCAGAGGACAUACUGAAGGUGCAAUUUCCCCGUUUCACCACGCUAGACCUCAGACCCACCAACACAGACAUCAGCCUGGCUGUAGCCGGGCUCCUCACCUUCUUGAACAGCACCACAUCUUGCCUCAUCUGUGCCGAGGCCAACUGCCUAUUAAAUCUGGAAGUGUUACUGCGACAGUUUCUCAUUUCCAAGGAAACACUCUCUGUUCGUAUGCUGGAUGACAGCCAAGACCCUACUCCCCUCCUCAAAGAGAUUCGAGAUGACAAGACUGCCACCAUCAUCGUCGAUGCCAAUGCCACCAUGUCCCACAGCAUCCUGGAGAGGGCAUCAGAAUUAGGGAUGCUUUCUGUCUACUACACCUACAUCUUCACCUCGCUGGUAAGAGUCUUUGACCUGCUGCUCUUUCCUGCUGAAUUAAUGGUGUGCAGUUCUGCUGUGGCGAAGAUGCCGUUUAUGGAAUUCUCUCUGCUGCGACUGGAUGAUGUAGCUGAUCAACGGGUGAACAUCAUCGGGUUCUCAGUCUUCAAUAGAACACAUCCAUUCUUCCAAGAUUUCCUUCUCAGCCUCAACCGCUCCUGGCAGGAGAACUGUGAUCAUGCCCCUUUUGCUGGCACGCCGCUCUCAUCUGCACUGCUGUUUGAUGCCGUACACACAGUAGUUGCGGCUGUACAGGAGCUGAACCGCAGCCAGAACGUGGGGGCAACUCAGCUUUCUUGCAAGUCCUCCAAGAUCUGGGAGCACGGCACCAGCCUGAUGAACUACUUGAGGAUGGUAGAAUUGGAAGGUUUAACAGGCCACAUCGAGUUCAACAGCAGGGGCCAGCGCUCUAACUAUGCCCUGCGCAUCAUGCAGAACAGCAGGGAUGGCCUAAGGCAGCAUGUGUCUAACAGGUCGGCUGGUUAUGAGGAUUGUCUGACCUGCAGAGACAGUGGAGCUUUACCCCAGGCUGUGUCUGACUUUGCCAUUUAA